AUGAGUCAUAGAGUACAACUUCUUUUGGGUGCAUACCAUAUGACAUUUCCUUUGAAAAGUGUUGACAAAACGAUUGAGAUGAAAUCUGUUCCAUACGUAUGUUAUGGUAAUUGUUUAUACAUUGAGUCUAAAAUAGCUAAUGUCACAGGCAUUUCAGGAGUUAAUAGUAAAGGUUCAGUAGAAUAUAAAUCCUUCUGUUAUGCAGUCAAUUCAAUGUUCAUUCCAAACGUUCCUGUCAUAGCAACUCAUUUAGGUAAAUGGGUUCGCAUUAGUCCUCAUAAUUUGAAAGACAUGCAAUUCAGACUUGUUGACUUUCAAGGAGAGCCUGUAGAACUGAAGGCACUAGUGCGAAUGACUGUUGAAGUUGACUUUUUAGAUAAUAUUAAAUGCAACAGCUUACAAGAGAACUCAGAGCUAAAAAUAUAA